CCCAAACAUUUACAUUUGGGGAUCGCUCUACCAAGACUUCCUAAAGAGACAAAUUUUGGACUUUUUUUUUUGGACAACUGCAAGAAACUUUCUGAGGAAACAUGGUGUCAGCUGGCUUUCAGAUGUUGGGCAUUGCCCUCUGCAUUAUCGGCUGGAUUGGGACCAUCGUUGUCUGUGCCCUUCCCCAGUGGAAAGUGACAGCCUUCAUCGGCCAGAACAUAGUGACUGCGCAAACUACAUGGGAAGGCAUCUGGAUGAACUGUGUGGUCCAGAGCACAGGCCAGAUGCAGUGCAAGGUUUAUGACUCCAUGCUGGGCCUUUCCCGAGACCUCCAGGCUGCCCGCGCCCUCAUCAUCAUCUCUAUCCUGAUUGGUAUCGUUGGCAUCCUCCUGGCCAUCGCAGGGGGCAAGUGCACCAACUGCGUGGAAGACGACAGCUCCAAAGCCAAAAUCAGCGUGGCAGCUGGUGUGAUCUUCAUCAUUGCUGGUGUCAUGUGCCUCAUCCCCGUCUGCUGGACUGCAAACACCGUCAUCAGGGACUUCUACAACCCAACCCUUGUGGGGUCUCAGAAGAGGGAGCUGGGAGCUGCACUCUUCAUCGGCUGGGGAGCCUCAGCCCUCCUCAUCCUGGGUGGUGGACUCCUCUGUGCCAACUGCCCUCCCAAGGAUAACUACUCUGCCAAGUAUUCAGCUCCCCGUUCAUCUGCACCCAAGGACUACCCUAUAAAUACAAGCCGGCAGCCUUCCACCUGUUUUCUUUUACCAUUUUUACUUGUGAGGACUAAAGCCAACAGGAUGGUUUCUCAGGGGAUUCAAAUCACUGGCAUAUCGAUGGCCGUGGUUGGCUGGUUCUUGGUGAUCGUGGUGUGUGCCUUACCCAUGUGGAAGGUCAGUGCUUUCAUUGGAGCCAACAUCAUCACGGCUCAGAACAUCUGGCAGGGCAUGUGGAUGAACUGUGUGGUGCAAAGUACGGGUCAGAUGCAGUGCAAGGUGUACGACUCCGUGCUGGCCAUGCCUCGGGACCUGCAGGCCGCUCGUGCCAUGAUCAUCAUCUCCAUCCUGACUGGAAUCUUUGGAGUGAUUUUGUCCAUUGCUGGUGGGAAAUGCACAAACUGCAUUGAGGAUGAGCGAUCCAAAGCAAAGGCUUGCAUCCUGUCUGGGGUUUUGUUCAUCAUCUCGGGGCUGCUCUGUCUCAUUCCCGUCUCCUGGUCUGCCAACAGCAUCAUCACCCAGUUCUACAACCCGUUGAUGAUCGAAGCCCAGAGGUUUGAGUUGGGAGCGGCGCUGUAUAUCGGCUGGGCAGCUUCUGCACUGCUGCUGAUGGGAGGAGGACUACUGUGCUGGAACUGCCCUCCGAAACAUGAACACCCCCACUACAUACCCAAAUUCACACCUGUGAAGUCAACCUCCACGUCAAGAGAAUAUGUGUAAGAUGGUUUUUCCAUCCCAACAUGGACUCUCAAGGUCACAGGAAAUUCACAAGUAGGAAGUGAUAGAUUGUUUUCAUACUCAAUUAUCUAAUAAUGUAGAUAUAUUUGCAGACAAGGUAAAUGUGGCAUUAAAUCACAGCUCGCCACAAGCUGAUUGAUGAGGUUUGACUGUGGCCUGUGCAUUUGUCAAAGUGACCUUUCCCACGGCAGACAUUUUGUUGAGUCCAACAAGUGAAACUAACAGCAAGAACAAUGGCUGCAUUCCAUUUAGUUGUCCCGGCAGAGUGCUUGGAUUACGUAGGCUCUUUAUUUUUAUACUUAAUCACAAUGUAUGCCAUGAAAAUAGUCUGCCAGCUUAAACACCCGAAGUGGAACUUCUUUUUUUUGUGUGUCAUUUUAAACGUUAAAGAACCCCUUCAGGCACUGAUUAAACCCAUCAACACCAUGAAAGGUUUUGAAGUACCCCGCAGUACCAAAGUGGAAAUGCUCAGCUAUGAUGACCUCCUAUUUUGCUUUCUUAACCUAAAAAGAAACAUCAUAUAGACAUGUUAACAGGGUAAAAAUCUUGAGUUUCACUGGAGGGGGCAUUCAAUGAAAUGAACUUUCAGAAUGUUUAAUUCAUAUUGGAAUGUAGCCAGUUUGAGGAAUAUGAUUUGCAUCAGGAUCAUGAGCAAUCAAUGUACAUAUUCACACAGAUUUUUCUAAGGAUUUCACAAGAAUGUAAUCAUUUUAAUUAUUUUUCAGAUAGUAACAGAUCAACAAAUAAAGGUAGAAAAAUAUAGCUUCUUUAUGUACAACUUCCACUUAAGCAUGUCAAGAGGAGUUGAGAUUUGAGAUCCCAGGAGCGACCAUUAAUGCGGACUCUGGCAAUAAACGAGCAGAAAAAUAGGCAUUACAGGUUGCAAAUUUUAUAUCCUGAUGAUUAUAUGCCUAAUUUUAUUGAUGAUUGUUUGCCUCUUUUAAGUUGAUUGUCACAACUAUCAAACAAUGAUUUAAGGGGAUUCUUUUGAAACAAUUAAGUCUUAACUGCACAAGGAGAUGUUGUACACAGGACAUGACUAAAGGGCCUCACCUGGUCUGUCCUAGCUAUCAGCAUUCCCGCUUGCCCGACACGAGUUGUUUUCAGGCCUUUUCUAGCGGUCAGCAUUUGCACAUCCUUAACAAGAAUUAUGUCUUAACUUUGUCCUUGCUGUCAGCACUUGCACUUCUUUAAAAUGACAGGAAUUACAUCCUUUUUUAACAAAAAGGGGGAUGUUUAAUUACUCAUUUUUGUGUAACAGUGUACUGCAUGGUAUGUAAUGUAUAUGGCAUUUGGUAAUGUAUUUUUAUCUGUACUGCCAUUUCUGCAAUUUCAAAAUCACACAUUUCAGUCCAGAUAUCUCUGAAUUCCUUUCACUCUGCAUUUUGUGUGUGCUUGUAUAACUUCUACUGUUUGGUUACUGUGAAUAAACUAUAUUCUUCCUGAA